AGGUUUCGUAGACCAUCAUGUUGUCCCGUUUCUUUCUACGACUUCCUAUAAGACUUGUACCACGCGUUACAGCCCCUCUGCUGCCAGUUACACGCUUCAGACAGCCCGUAUCCACUCUCACCCAUACCCCAAGGUCGAAUUCUCGGCUUUUUUCCAAUUUCCCUGCCCGUCUCAAUUCGUCAUCACCCGGCCGCGACUCUUCCCCUCCCAUACAAUCUUCCCAAGAAAAUGCUACGUUUUCACAACGGUUAAAGCACCUUAUAAAAUCAUACGGCUGGUAUGCACUGGGUGUAUACUUCGUGAUUGGUGCUGUCGACUUUGCUGUCGCUUUUGCGGCCAUAAAUCUCAUAGGUGCCGAGCAGGUAUCUCGAAUUGCAGUUUCUGUGAAAGAAUCAGUGGCAAGCGUGAUUCAUUCUAAACCUCCAGAGCCAGGCAAAGCUGAUCUGGAUCCCAUCAAUGGAGGCAUGCCUUCCGGAAACGAGGGUCUUUAUGCCAUGCUCGUCCUCGCCUACACUAUUCACAAAACCCUUUUCCUCCCUGUGCGGGUAGGAUUUACAGCAGCGUUCACACCCCAGUUGGUCAACUGGUUAAGAAGCAGAGGUUGGGCGGGCGGAGCUGGUACUCGACGAGCAGCAGAGGAAAUGAAGGAGAAAUUCAGGAAUGCAAGGAGAAAGUAGGAUCUUUCUUGGAGCGAUGCUUUACAUGACAUAAAUUAACCGUAUCCAUAAUGUUCACCCCCCCACUCAUUUAUAUCCUUAUGCUCUACUCGGAGGAGCUUCUUCUUCUACAUAUCGAUGGUCAGCUUUGUACAUGGCGAUAGUGGAUUGCCCUCACCAAGGAG